AUGGCUAUCGAUAUGGCUGCCGCAGAGUAUGACCCUAGCUCGCCGAUGGUCAUGCAAGCAUUCUACAGGCGUAUCUUCCCAUACCGACCCUUCUUCCUCUGGCUCAACCAGGAUCACGUCCCCUCCAAGCUCUUUACGCACCGCGAGUUCGCCUUCACCCUCGCUGGCGACGUAUACCUCAGGUACAACUCCUUUGCGAACGCAGACGAUUUCAAGCGGGAAGUCUUGAGGCUGAAUCCGAGCCGAUUCGAAAUAGGUCCUCAGUACACUGCUAGGCCAAGAGAUAGAAAGACUCUCGCUGCGGGUGCAUUACAGCCCAUCCGCCGUGAACUUGUCUUUGAUAUCGAUAUGACAGACUACGACGAGAUCCGGACGUGCUGUACCGACAAGAAGAUCUGUCGGCGAUGUUGGGGGUAUAUCGCCGCUGCUGUCAAGGUCUUGGAUCAUGGACUGAGAGACACACUUGGCUUCAAGCACCUUCUCUGGGUCUACUCUGGUCGACGAGGUAUCCAUUGUUGGAUAUCUGACCCGGCGGCGCUGGAUCUGAAUGAUGAUCAGCGAAAGGCGCUGGUGACGUUCUUGGAGGUCAUCAAGGGGAGUAAGGAGCAGGCCAAGAAGGUGAAUGUCCGGGGAAGCAAAGAUGAGGGCGACUUGCAUCCGUUCAUCAAACAUGCGCUCAAACCACUCGGACCAUGCUUUACCAAGCUCUGUCUUCGGGAUCAAGAGUGUUUCCAGUCUGAGCGCGGAUAUGAGAAUCUCCUAGCUCUUCUACCUGGAGAUCAACAAAUCAUCGGCCGUCUGCGGAAAAAGUGGCAGCAGUCACCAGAUCGGUCGAGCUCGGACAAAUGGAACGAUCUCGCUCUGGAAGUGGAUGCAUUGGACGACAAGACCGCGAUUGGGCGCAAAUUCAUCAAAGCUCGCGAGGAUAUCGUGCUGCAGUAUACCUAUCCCCGGAUCGACGCAGAAGUGUCCAAGCACCGAAAUCAUUUGCUCAAAUCGCCUUUCUGCGUACAUCCCAGUACGGGUCGAGUAUGCGUACCGAUAAAUCCGGCUCGUAUUGACGAGUUCGACCCCGAGACGGUGCCUACCGUUGGCGAACUCCUUAAACAGCUAGACAAUAUACCGACAGAUACAGACGACAAGACGAGGAAGGGGGACGAUUAUGAGAUGACAUCGCUCAAGCCUUACGUCGAGAUGUUCCAGAAGCAUGUGGAUGCGGUGUUGAGGGAUACGAAGGGGUCCCGGAAGGCGGCCAAGGAGGAGAGUAUGGAGUUCUGA